AUGGCGAUCCCAGACGCUGUGCAACCGGUUGAAGCCCGCCAUUUGUUGACUCAAACCAUCACUCGACCCUUCACGACUAUCACGACUGUGGUGACGCUUGGGGGCAGCUCGCCAUCCGAGUCUACACCACCCCCCGUAUUCACGCCCUCCCCGACGCCAGAGCCACAGCCUCCGACAGGGACUGCGCCUGUUGUCCCAGCAUCGUCUUCAUCGUCUCUGACACCAGAUCAAAUCGGCGCAAUUCUUGGGUCCGUCUUGGGAUUCGUCGCAUUCCUGCUGCUCGUAUGCUGCUGCUUGUCGAUACGGAGGCGCCGCCUCAUAGCCAGGUAUGAGAGCGACAGCAUGACUGAGACCGAAGUUGUCAUCGAGGACGUGUACACGGCCGACACUUGGACUCGGCGAGGCCCGACAGUGGUCCCGCCCGCGCCCGCGAUCCCGCCGACACCACGGCGUUCAGCGUACAACUAUCGCCAUACGAGGAAUCCCCAAAUUCGCGGCGUGCGCCGAUACCCUUGA